CGUCGCUGCGCGGAGCGCGGGCGCAAACUUUUGCCCCGGUGUUGGGAAAGGACAGGGGCUCGCUCUCGAUGAAACUGCAUAUUAGAGAAACCCUUCAAACACUGAGGAGUUAAUCUUCACAACUCUUGGCAGCAGCUUCUGGUACUCCCAUGUAGUAUUUGUGUCUAUUUACUUUAGUGGAUCAGUGCCUUGAAGGGACCAGCCUUCACUACCAGAAUAUGGUGACUGAGGAGUUCUGGAAGUUGUCUGAAAAGGCUCAAUGCACUAUGGAUAUCUUAUUGAACCUGGACUGAUGUGUUCGCUAUUUGGGGAUUUGUAUUGCACAUCUUUAGGAGUGCGACCAUUUGACAAUGAAUGUGAGGUCAUGCAAUAUGAGCCACCGGACAAUGAGUACUUCUCAUAGGCUUGGGAUGGUAAAUGGACUGCAGAUCCCACCAAUCAGAGUUAAUGCAGGACCUCCUCCCUCUUCCUCUAACAGUUGCACCCCAAGCCCAGCUAUUGGAAACCUGUCCACCAAGUCACACUUAAAGAGAUCUGUUGGAGGAGGUGUGGCCCCUCAAAGUAACAUUAUUGAUUCCAGUGUUCACUUCCCUGCUUUAAGUCCCAGGAGACAAAUGGUUGCAAAUGGGAAGCCUUUAUUUCAAGUCCCACAACCUCCAGGGAUGACAGCACCAUCGUUUUUGAAGCCAAAGCAGCAAGAAUUUGGAAACAGCUUCACUUCAAGCACAGUUAAAGGAGGUGUUACCUGUGGACCUCGGUGCAAGUCCAUUGGAAAAAGCAGCUGCAACAAUUUAAUAGUCACCAGCAAUCCAAUGAUGGUUCAGAGACUGGGACCUUUAUCUCCUCCUGCACAACAGGUCUCAACAGCAUGCAACCAAAUGAUCCCUAGCUUGCAAAGGGCUAUGAAUGACGAAAACCCAAAUAUACCUCCAUCUGAUACAAGAUCUCUUAUGUCACGGGAAUCUUUGGCAUCCACCACCUUGAGCCUGUCAGAAAGCCAGUCAAUACAGAGCAUCAAACAAGAGUGGUUUCAUGGCUAUAGGAUUUUUCCUUCUCCCAAUCAAGGCUCCCAAAAUGGCAGUGAGUUAGGUGAUGUCAUGAGUGUCACAUCUGGGAUGUCCAUGUCAAACAGUGUUUCUAGUUCAUUACCCUCUUACCUAUUUGGUGUGGAGACCAAUCGUUCACCUUAUCCUAGUCCUCACCAUUCUUCAACCAGGUCUCAUUCAGCCAAAAAGAGGGCCCUUUCCAUCUCCCCUUUGUCUGAUGGCAUUGGCAUUGACUUCAAUACAAUCAUCCGUACAUCCCCCACCUCUCUUGUUGCUUAUAUAAAUGGUUCAAGGACAUCUCCAUCAAACAUCUCCCCUCAACCUGAGGUCUAUGGCCAUUUCUUGGGAAUAAGGGGAAGUUGUAUCCCCCAGAGUUGCUCUAUUCCAAAUCCUCAAAAAAGGCCUCUUGUGGCUAAUGGCAAUGUCGCCCUUCCAGAUUUCAGUGGAAAUGGCAACACUGAACAACAGCGCAUGCAGCACUUGGAACAAAACAGUUUACAGCCGGUGGUCACAGCCAACAUGGUGGUUCAACAAGGUAUGUCUCUUUUAGACAACCAAUCCAUGGGCAUAAUAAAGAAUGGCCCUGUGGAUGGAUUUUCUGGGAAUUCCAGUCACACACCCUCUGCUUCUCCACUGGUUCCUCCUGUACCAGAUGGUCCACCACCUCCAUACCAUGCACAUCAGCAUGAUCUCAUAAACCAUUCCAGCCAGCUUUCUUUACCAUCAUCUGUCCAAGGCCCCCUCUUAGAUGAGGAUGGUGAACUGGAUGAUUAUAAUAGCAAACACUACUGCCAUUGGAUAGACUGUAGUGCCACCUAUGAUCAGCAAGAAGAGCUUGUGCGUCAUAUAGAGAAAAUUCACAUAGACCAGAGGAAAGGAGAGGAUUUCACGUGUUUUUGGGCUGGGUGCCCUCGAAGAUACAAAUCAUUUAAUGCUCGUUAUAAACUUCUAAUUCAUAUGAGGGUGCAUUCAGGAGAGAAGCCAAACAAAUGUACGUUUGAAGGCUGCAAGAAGGCCUUUUCUAGACUAGAAAAUCUCAAGAUUCACUUAAGGAGUCAUACUGGAGAAAAGCCUUACCUUUGCCAGCAUCCAGGCUGUCAAAAAGCAUUCAGUAAUUCCAGCGACCGAGCCAAGCACCAGAGGACGCACCUGGACACUAAACCUUAUGCUUGCCAGAUUCCUGGGUGCACCAAACGAUACACAGAUCCAAGUUCUCUAAGAAAACAUGUAAAGGCCCAUUCAUCCAAAGAACAGCAGGCCAGGAAAAAGUUGCGUUCCAUUACAGAGCUUGACCAAGACAUUUUCAGUGACUGUCUCACUAUCCAACCUCUCCAGGCACCCACAUCUCCACAUGAUGCUUCUGAUAGCACUGUCCAACAAUCGCCAGGACCAGUGCCUGACAUUUAUCCAGCUGCACUGUUCUCUACUGCUCACUCGAGCCAGAGUGGGACUGCUGCGGACAGCGGGCCCCCAUCACACUCUGUAAGCCACACUUCGCCAGGACAAAAUAUGCAUAGCAGCUCACACAACCUAGCAACCCAGAUGCCCCCUUUCACAACAGGGGACUCAGGAAACGAGAGAUUUUCAGGAUCUGCUUCUUUUUCUUCUCGCCACGCCAGCCCCGGGAGAGUUUCUGUUCUCCCUCCUUCUGUGCAGAAGAGGACACCACCGUCUUCCAACCCCCAGCAACUUGGAGGAAUUCAUUUGAAAGCCUAUGAGCCAUUAACUCGCACCUCUUUUCAGCCAAACAGCAUCCACAUCCAAGGAGUUUAUGGGCAAUUGCAAACUUUCUGUUCCCCCCAUUUCACUGACAAUCAGCAAAACAUACAACAUGUUGGAACUUGUAAUAUGGUCCCUCCUUUUGAAGACUGUCUUGUUCCUACAUCUAUCGGGCAGGCAGGUUUUGAUGUUUUCCACAGAGCAUUUUCAGCACAUUCUGGUAUUACAGUUUAUGACCUUCCAUCCGGACCCACAGGUAUGUUCAGCGAUCCACUCAGCGGUGGGUCUGAUGAUUCAAGCUUCCUUCAGAUAAAUGCUGUAGACCGUUGCCCCAGCCAGCUUUCAUCGGUUUAUACUGAAGGCUGAGGAAGGACUAAGCAACAAUCCUGCAUCGAGUUCUGUUGAGAACCACCACAUUGUAAAUCAUCUUUUCUGGGUCAGAACAGGGGAACUGCUGAAGAGAUAAAGAAAGCAUCACCAGAAACCACUCAGCUUCACAGAUGCAGCUAAUAUAGGGGUUGGGAGAAGAUGUUUCGGGGUUCCACUUCUUCCAGUCAACAGAGCUAGUGGCAAGGAAAGUAACUUUUCCAAGCUCUAGUGAAAAUGUAUUUGUCAAAGUGUGAACAAUUGCUUCUUUAAUUCAACCUUUUCUGUAGCAAAACCACCCCUGAAAGGGAACGAAUAAGAAAACUGCUGGUUGACACAUUUUAAAAUGAAUUGUUGGUAUUUCCCAAAGAGUUUUGUAAAAUACUUUCAAGGAACUCUCUGAAAAUUAGCAACUCCUCUAAGCCUUUUGUAGAAACAGAGCUCCUUGCACAAUGAGACUGUUUUAUGGUGCCUUUGGAAUGUAAGCACCGUUUUCCAGCAAAAGAGGAUGAAACAUUUCCAACAGAUUUCACUGAGACCUUUUCCAGACACAGCAUUUCUUUUGCCAUUUCUUCCGGUCUUCUCAGAAUUUUUCCCAGUGUUUCUUUCGUCUUGUAUUUUGCCCCCCUGAGUUCCCACAUCUUUUACUCCUCCCACCAUUCUUGGUGUAUUUUUUAAUGUGGCUUUGUACUGCUGGGGGUGGGGGUGGAGUUUAGCACUUUGGCACUUCCCAGACAUUAUAGCAGGUAAGUGCAAAUUCAGCCUUGAAGCCCCUGCUCCCUCUCUGGCUGCAAGCUGAUGCUUCUUUGAAGAAGAUGAGGAAACUUGUCCUGCUUUGGGCAGACAUUUACCACAAUUGCAUCUCAGGUGCAGAAUUACCCCAAACACCGGCACACAAACAUAUAUCCUUCUUUCAGCUGUCAUAAUGGAGCAAGCACACCAACAUGCCAGAUACCCCCUUGUAUUUUUCUCUUGUGAUAAGGAAGAAAGGUCCUUAUCACCACCUCCUGAGUAAAGCAAACCAUUUAUUUAUUUACAGGUUUACAAUAAUUGCUCCUUGUAAUAGUUAUAAUUUAUUUUAACAUUUUUUUUGUUACAAUCUUCAGCACAGAGGAUGAGAUGGGGUGUUGUAAAGCACUGAAACAGCUUAGCAUGAGACUAACCUCAGGCUACAUGUCCUGGAAGAGGCAAAAGAAAAUGGCACAAAUGCUGUGUCUGGAAGACCAGACAAUUGAAGCUUGGCACUCAUGCGUGAAAUACAAAAGCAUCUUCUCUACCGCUGCCAGAAAAACGAAGGCUGUCACUGCUUGCUCAGUCCCACAUGCAAGGCUUGUGGCCAGACACACCACGAUGCAAUUCUAAUGAGUUUGUUUGUCAUGGUCCUCAGUUUUAGUCUUUGGAAACUUCUCCACAAUCCUCCACUAAUUAUGCUUGGUAGUUUUAAAGUUGUUGGUAAUUGGAUCCAUGAAAGAACGUUUAGGGAUAGACACAAUCAAAUUGCUUCCGGCUGAAUUUUACGUAAAUUCUUGCAAGGUUUUGUUUGAUUCAUUAGCACCAAUGGUUACAACAGUUGUGUUCCAAGAAGUGAGAACUGCUAUCCCGUCCAUCAUGCCUACAAACAUAAAGUGAUUUUUUUUGUUGUUGCUAAUAGUUUGUGUUUUAUAUGAGAAACUUUUAUCAUGGAACAAAAUAGGCAAAUGUGGAAAUUUAAGAGUGGCUGGACUUAGGUUAACAUGUCUCCAGUAUUAUACCUUUCAAAUUAACAUAUUUUGGUUAAGGUCUAGUUCAUUUCAGGAGCCCUUAAUUGACACUGAAAUAAAACUGAACUGUAUUUAGAGAUCCCUAAUUUUAUCAAGUAUAUGGAUCAAGGCAGGGUGACUUUUCCAGAGUCUUCUUGAUGUACAAAUACUUUCUGAAGCUUUGACUCUUUAGUGCCUUCUGUAAUGACCAUGCAAGGAGUGUAUCCAAAGACAAUAUUUGUUUUACAUAUACAAAAGGGCAUGCUGUGGUUAAAAAAACACAAUCCUAGCCAUAAGCAUACAAUUAUCUAGAGCAAUUGAAAAUAAGAUGUGCCUUAAAAGCCUCCAUAGCUUUCCCUAGCCUUGUGGAGUUGUUGUAUUUAUACAGCACAUUUCUAGUGUGCCUACUUGAGGUAAGCUGCACUCUGUGUGUCGGCUACCAGAUACUGUAUGUCCCAUGCUCUUUCCUAGAAGGAUUCAGAGCAGCUUACAAACAAUGGUCCCCAUCAAAUAGUUCCAAUCAUCCUACCCCGCUUUGUGUUCUUCUGCCCUUGGCCUGCCUAGCUUCAAUAGCAAAAACUUUGUCUCCAACUCUGAAGUAAAAUGUUCAAGAAUCUGUUGCAAUUUUUUUUUGCAAACAUUUGCUCUUACCUGCACUCCAGCAUGAAGACAUUUCAGAAUUUAUUUCAUCCUACUCCAACUGGUUUUCUAAACGGAGCAUUGUACACUACUGGAUCAUUUAGAUAUGGCAUUGUUGCUUUGUUACAAAUGUGGUGCUUUUCUGAUUGCUGUUUAAAGGGAUUCACUGUAAAAUAUUUUUGUAUCAAGAAAUAGCUGGUCAGCAGCCUUAUAUUGGUAUUUAAGAGUCUGUGUCCUUUGUUCAUCUCCAGCAAGUGCAUCUCCAGGAGCAUGCCAUAAUGUUGCACAAUCAACCAAGUCCCUUUGCACUCUUGUAGCACCUCUCCUACAGGCCACUUUGGAUGUAUAUCCUCACAUGUUUCAGAGAAUCCUGUGUUUUACACAGCCAUUAGAGAAGAGCUGUGUAACUGCAGAAGAAAUUUACUAGCACUUUGUGUUGAUAUAGCUCCUUUUUUGCCAUCCUCCUGGAAGCUUUUGCCUGAGAAUAAAAGCUCUUUGGAGACUUGGGAAUAAGCACAGUCCCAAACUGGCUGGAGGUCUGGGCUCAUGGUCUGUGUGUUUCAUAAGUCACUUAUGGGCAAAUCAUCUCUUGCUGCGCUGAGCAAAAGUUUCAUCCUUGGACAAAGUGUACACUAGAGUUCACAUAUACUUUCAAAAAGAAAUUAAUGUCCAAAUUCAGCUAUUAUAGUUUACGAAGGUCACUUGCAGAGAUGUUGCGAUGUCAGUACUGUCAUGUGGUACCAUUAUUAUAGGACUUUUUAAAAGUAAUAAUUGUUCAACUGUUUUUAUUGUCCAUGUUUGAUUGUGCCAUUUUAUAGCAGCACAUUUUUUUUAAUUUGCAAAACAGCACUUUUUAUGUGUAAUUUUUUUAAAGAACAGAUAAAUCAAAGAAAUGAGUUUUAAAGUUAACAAGAGUGUGGUGUUCAUUUUGUACAUAAAGCAGAGCAUCUUUUGUAUUGUUGCUCAUGGAAAGCACUUUGGGGAGAGACGUAUGUUUGUGUGAAUGUGUGUGUAAAUGUGUGUUCUAUAAAUCUUACAUUUACUUGUACAUAUUUAUACAUGUUCCUUUAUAUAAAUUUCUUUACACCUUAUUGUAUAUCUGGCUGGCUGAUUUUUAUGUAGUUGGCAAGUAUGUCAGUUACAUAUUUUAUGCCCUUAAAAGAAACUUAGAGUGCCUUUUUAUAUUAAUAUGUAUAGUUUUGUGAUUGGUUACAGUUACAUUUCAUAUAAUCAUAAAUUAUUUUUGUUUCAUUUCAUGAAGUUUUUUUUUAACAUGAAAGACAAAAUGGAAGGGUUU